GAUUGUGUUAUUAAUCAUUGAAAGAAGAAGAAGAUUGCUAUUUGACAUUUUCUUUUCACAAUUUGCAUCGAAUUUGCUUAACUCGUGGCGUAUAGAGAAUUUUCAUUUUUUAGUGCAAAAAUAUAAUUAAAAUUAAAGAUGCCAGGCGCAGAUACAAUUAAAUCUUCAUGGGCCGAUGAGGUUGAGCUAGAUUACGGCGGUCUGCCACCACCUACUGAAGUAAUUGAAAAUGGUUUCAAAUACGUCACAGAGUACAACUACGACAAGGAUGACAAGAAAGUUAAAGUGGUUCGUACAUACAAGAUUUCCAAGCAAGUUGUGCCAAAAACAGUUGCUCUACGUCGUACUUGGCCCAAAUUCGGCGAGUCCAAAAAUGAUAAAGCCGGACCCAACUCCCAAACUACUAUUGUUGCUGAAGAAAUCUUCAUCCAAAUUCUCAACACCAAGGAAGAAGAAAAGGCCAAUGAUCCUUUGUUAGAUUUGAGCAAAAACAUUGCCAAGUGCCGUAUUUGUAAUGGUGAGCAUUGGUCCGUGUAUUGUCCAUACAAGGGUACUGCUAUGGAUACCAAUCUGAUGGAAAAGAAAGCAACCGCUGCCGCCACCGCCGUUACAGAAGCACCCAAACCCGGCAAAUAUGUACCUCCAUUCCUUAAAGACAGUCAAAAAGGUGGUAUGGGUAUGCGUGGACGCGAUGAUACUGCUGCUAUUCGUAUUUCCAAUUUAUCUGAAUCUAUGACCGAACAAGAUCUUGAAGAACUUAUCAAACGUAUUGGACAACAUACCAAAAUGUAUUUGGCCCGCGAUAAAAAUACUGGCCUUUGCAAAGGUUUCGCCUACGUUCAUUUCCGCCAACGCAAAGAUGCCGCUGCAGCUAUUGAAAUCCUUAAUGGCCACGGUUAUGAUCAUUUGAUCUUGAGCGCUGAAUGGUCGAAACCCCAGACCAACUGAUACGUAGUGAGGGAUUCGACUUUAACUUCCAAUAAACAGAAUUAAAAUUAUAAACUUUUUUUUUACAUACAUCUUACACAAACAAGUUCUAUAUGAUAAAAUUAAUGUUAUACAGAAAAACAAACAAAAACUAUUCAGAAAUAUAAAUAUAUAAGUAGAUAGAAAGGCUACAUGAGUAAAUGUAAGCAGUAGCCUAACUCCAA